GCGGAAACCAAUCAUUGCCUGCCGCUCGGGUACUCAACCACUGAAAAUCAAUCCACGAUCCUCACUGUCUGUCCAUUCAUUUCAGGCAAGCUUCUUUCAAAGAAUCAACCCAAAAUUCCCAGCAAAGCACCCAUAGCCGUUAGAAAAUUUGUAAAACAUGGAACCCAUAGCUGUUUACAGCAGCAAAGCUAGCCCAUUUCUGUCUUCUCCAAGGAUUACAACGCAUAAGUCGUUUAAAUCAUCACCAAAAUCUGCAACUUUCUCAACUGUUCUCAUUCAAUCCAUGGCUACUCAAAAACCACCGCCUCCGGUUGCUAAAACUGUUGGUUCUAGGAAGGGGUCGAGCUCGAGUUUUUUCCCGCUGGGUGAGCCGGGGCCACGGAACAGCGCAGUGGCGGCACAACCGGUGAAGCUGCUAACAAAUGUGGAGAAACUGAAACUGCUAACCAAAGCAGAGAAAGCAGGGCUGCUAUCAGCAGCCGAGAAGUUUGGGUUAUCUCUAUCGUCGAUAGAGAAGCUCGGACUCCUUUCCAAGGCUGAAGAGCUCGGGGUGCUUUCGGCGGCGACGGACACCGGAACUCCAGGGGCACUGUUGACACUUAGCUUGAGUUUAUUGCUUUUAGGACCCUCAUGUGUUUACCUUGUGCCUGAAGAUAACCUGUGGGAGAUUGUGUUGCAGGUUGUGGUGGCUACUGUGUGUGUUGGUGGUGGAUCUGCAGCUUUUGCUGCAUCAAAUCUUGUGUCGAAUUUGCAGAAAUAAAGCUGAAUUCGGUAUUUAAAUAA